AUGCGAAUCAAAUGUAAAGAAUUACUGUCCACCGAUCAAAGCCUGCAAAAACGGAGGAUUGCGUUGGACGAAGAACGCAAAAAAUUGUUGACAGGUUUCCACUAUGAUGAACGGGAUAUUCAUUUGGACGAUCUUUGUCACGAUCAAGAGGCAUUAAGUAUUGUCGAUCUGAGAACAAAAGUAGAGCAGAGCGUAUGGACAUACUUGACGAAAGUAUUUGAGCACGUUUCAAAUUCUCGAACAAAUGGACCUGAUGAGAGUUUAUGCAAAAAAUUGAGUAUUAAAGAUGCACCACAAAGAAAAAUGAUUGACUUCUUCAAUGAAAGAUUUGUAACAAUGAUGCCAGAGAGAAAUGCGAAGAGAAUUUAUCGAAAGAUGGCUAAACGAUUACAAAAGAAUAAAAAAACUCCUCGUGUUAUGCUGUUACGAUUUGAUGAUGACAAUGCAGAUGUAUGCUGCGUUUAUUACUCAAAUGUUGACGACUAUAACCAAGAGCCACUUCAGUCGCAUACGCCUUUCCGUGAGAUUCUGAAUACGAAUGGCGGCUUUUGGACUUUUAUGAGGUAUCCGUUCUCGCGGAAAUUCAACUAUAUUGUUCAAAUGUUCUCGGCCGGUAUCAAUGAAGAGAUGCAUGAAAGGGACUACAUGACAUCGCCUGGAGCAUGGGACUGCAUGCCAUCUCCUGGAGCAUAUCCGCCAAACUGCCUCUCAGCCACUCCAACAUGUGUGAUUGAUUACUGUAAUGUUGCCGAGUAUAGUCAGCCACGACAUGCACAGCAAGCACUUACAUCUUCUCAAAGGGCACUUCAAUCUUCACUACCAUGCGUCGACAGAAUAUCACCCUGUACCACCUCAUCAGUAUUAUCUACAACACCAACACCUAUCAAUGAAACAGCAACGGAUAUUCGUAUGGAAUCGAUCAAUGUUUAUGCUUUCCGUACUGUGCAUAUUCGAGAAAUUUUCAAGGGGAUUGAAACGAACGAGAAGCAAGACGAAAUUUUCGCAUUCGCUGGUAAUUACGAAGUGCACGCAAAAACAGGGCAAAAACGUGAAACGCGAGAAAUCGAGGAUGCCGAGAGUUUGUCUGGAUUGUUCAACACAUGCUCGGUGAGCACAUUUGACGAUACGACGAGGAUUUGA